UCUCUCUCUCUCUCUCCCCCCCCCCCCCCCUCGUUUUCUCUCUCUAUAGUUUGUGGUACAGAGAGAGAAAGUAUGCUGCGCCGAAAAAUUAGGUUAACCAAGGAGUACUUGUACAGAAAGAGCUUGGAAGGCAAACAACGAUUGCUCUAUGAGAAGAAGCGCAAGAUCAAAGAAGCUCUAGAAGAGGGGAAACCGAUACCCACUGAGCUCCGGAAUGAGGAGGCUGCUCUUCGUCAAGAGAUCGAUUUAGAGGACGAAAACACUGCCGUCCCAAGGUCACAUAUCGAUGAUGAAUAUGCAAAUGCAUCUCAAAGAGACCCGAAAAUUUUGCUGACUACUUCUCGGGAUCCAAGUGCACCACUAAUACAAUUUGCCAAGGAAUUGAAACUUGUUUUUCCCAAUGCGCAACAAAUGAAUCGUGGUGGCCAGGUUAUUUCUGAAAUUAUUGAAACAUGCCGUUCACAUGAAUUUACGGAUGUUGUGUUGGUUCAUGAACAUCGUGGUGUACCAGAUGGUUUGAUUAUAAGCCACCUACCUUUUGGUCCAACAGCUUAUUUUCAACUACUCAAUGUGGUCACAAGACAUGACAUCAAAGACAAGAAAGCCAUGGGAACGAUGCCUCAGGUUUAUCCACACCUGAUACUUGACAAUUUCACGACCAAGUUGGGUGAGAGGGCAGCAAAUAUUUUAAAGCAUCUAUUUCCAGUGCCAAAGCCGGAUACGAAACGCAUAAUCACUUUCGCCAAUCGGUCUGACUACAUUUCAUUCAGGCACCAUACUUAUGAGAAGCCUGGAGGUCCUAAAUCCAUUGAGCUGAAGGAGAUUGGUCCUCGGUUUGAAUUGAGGCUUUUUAAAAUAAGGUUAGGAACAAUGGAUCAGGACGAAGCCCAGAAUGAAUGGGUCAUCAGACCAUACAUGAACACGGCCAAGAAACAGAAGUAUAUGGGGGAUUGAUAAUCUUUAGAGCUUUUCGUUGACAAUUUUGUGUAACUGGGCUACAUCCACUGUGUUGCUCAGAAUAUAUUGAUUUCAAAGGUUACAAAUAGCACUCGGUUAAAGACUAGAAUUCCCUCUCCCUUCAGUCGUCCGACCCCCUUACAAGAGGUUCCCACCCCUUUAUAUAGGCCCUCUGUGAACUCAGAGAGCAUUGAGCUCACCUACUUUUACUUUUCUGGUGUUUAAUGGGCACCUACGUAGACUAGCAUGCUGACAACCUUUGUAACCAUGAGCGGAUAUUCAGCGAUGAAGUGACAUUUUGCGCAGUCAGGAUUGCACAUUCUUGUA